GAUACUGUGUUCGUGAAAGUGAAUGUAGUUAUGAAAUCAGGAGGCGGCACGUGCUUGGCUGUCAGCAAUAUCCUCCAAAAGGUUUCUACUCCUCUAAGAUGGUGUGUGAAAAGGUGUUUUGAGAUUUAAUUGCUUAUCAAGAUGUGAUUGACAAGUCAGGGCCUAUCCUGCAUGUCAUUUAACAGGAAGCAACUUUUGUGCAAGUUCCUUUAUACUGUGUAGCCACUACGACAGUGUUUCCAGAGUUAAGCACACCGCCAUCUGUACCUGGUGGUAAAUAAAACUUUCACACGCUGACAUAUUUAUUGAAUACGGCUCGUCUCCACCUCGAGACAAAGCGAUAUGUUUUUGUAAUAUAUUUGUUAGGUUUAGUCAGUCAACAAGCAAACACUUCUUUGUGUCAAGGAAGGUCACAACCGUCCACGUGCUCUCCACUCACGAACACAAUGAGCAUGCGACUCAAAGCUCUCAAAUGCAGGAUCGCCGCCGUCGUCACAUGUUUUGUUGCCAUAUUUCUUGUGAUCAGCACUACACACACCAACUGGACACGGAACAUGGCUUUACAGUCUUACAGUCAUCAGUCAAUUGACCUACUCCGUACAACAACAGCAACAACGCCAUCUGCCCCCAAGGCCUACGUCAUCACGCCCACGUACCAACGGCCGACGCAAGAAGCCGACUUGCUACGUCUGUGUUACACCCUCAUGCAAGCGCCGCACGUCUGGUGGAUCAUCGUCGAGGACAGCGACGACAAAACAGAGCUGGUACAGAGGAUAGCGAAGGAGUGUAAGGUGCCUGACAUCACACAUCUGGUGGCAAGAACGCGGCUCUUAGCAAAUGAGUCUCAUCGAGGUGUGACUCAGCGCAACACGGGGCUGGCGUGGGUCCGCAACAAUGUCCUGCCCUCGUCACGUGCAGGGGGCGUGUACUUCGCUGAUGACGACAACACCUACGACCUGAGAGUUUUUGAUGUGGUUCGAAACACGACCAAGAUGAGCACAUGGAAGGUCGGUAUUGUGGGCGGACUGUUGGAAGAAGGACCAGUCUGUGUGAAUGGAAAGGUAAUCGGGUGGACGACUGGGUUUUCUCCUAGGAGAAAGUACCCCAUAGACAUGGCAGCCUUUGCUGUUGGCCUUGACCUUCUUGCUCAGGAGCCAGGUGCAAACUUUAGUCACACGUCAGAGUCGGGACACCUGGAGACAGACUUUAUAACUUUGUUUAACGUCUCGUCGCCAGACAUCACCACAGCUCCAGACGGCAACUGCUCCAGGGUGCGUCACGCUUACCUGUAACGUCACUACCUACACAAUGCUUUGACCAAGGAAGGUUCUGGCGUGGCACACCAAGACAGUACUUCCGGAGGUCGACGGGACGCCUGUCUUCGUUGUCAACAGCGAGCGUCAGGAGGAUCGUGCGGAGAAACUUCAAUGAUCUACUCACAUCACGAUUACUGACCUUACUGUUUGCACUUGGUGGACACUUACACACUGUCUCGCUAGUCUUGUCAAGUUGACUACAAAACCGAAAGCUAGAGAACCUAUUGGUAGAACUAAUUGAGUAGACAUUUCUCUCUCUUUCUCCAUUAACAAAUUAAAAAAUUAAAAAAUCAAUGGAAAGGCAGUUUAUUUUUUGUCUAGUUUGUUGAAAACAAGCAUAAAAGAUUUUAUAAGAUUUUAUAAAAGGAAAUAAAAAUCCCUUACAAAUAACGAAUGCCAGAGUGCAUCAUGCAGUACACAGAAUACUAGUGUAUAAAAGAUGGAGCUAAUAGUAAGGUUUGCAUCAGCAGUUCCUGACCUCACUCUACUAUGAAACUGAACCUACUUAUCAUAAUAUCUGUAGUCAUGUCACUUGGCUUUCUUAAUAUAUUUUUACCUGUAGUCACGUCACUUGAUGUUCUUUGUGUACUAUCAUCUGAAGUCGCGUCACUUCAUGUUCUUAAUAUAUUAUUAUCUGUAGUCACAUCACUUGAUGUUUGCAGUGUUUUACAUUAUCUGUAGUCACGUAACUUCAUGUUCUCAGUACUGUAUUAUUACCUGUAGUCAAGUCACUUCAUGUUCUUAAUCUACAGUAUCUGUAGUCAUGUCACCUGAUGUUCUCAGUAGUGUUUUAUUGCCUGUAGUCACCAAAUGUCUAUAAAUCAAGUCCACUCCCAUCUAUGGUACAACAUCACAAGCUGUUUAUGUUACAUUUGACUGAGAUGUCAGUCGGUUGUUAAGUGUAUCAGGUUUGGUGCGAUUAAAUAUUUU